CUCAAGAAUUGCCCUGCAGGUGCAUACCAAUAAAUAUGUCACGUCUGAUUCUCAUUGCAUCUGUGCCUAUCUGCCGCCACCGGCCCAGGGUGCCCGGUGCCAGAAAGAUCGGCGUCGCCAUGAGGAGGCAGUUAGGCCGAGAAAAUGAUGAUUUCUCGGGUCUGCACCUCACUGCGAGACGGAGUUUUCAUGUCACCUCUCUGCAUUGCAUGCCCGAGUAGUACUAUCUCUGGCCCUGUUUCACUUUUGCCGGCCGGUCGUGCUGUCUGCCUGUACACUUACUCCAUCCAGCUUGUGCAGAUUAGCAGAGACAGCUCCCACACAGUGAAAGAGAUGCCGCUGACGCAUGUGGAAAACGGAUACGUGGUGUGUGGGGUGUGUCACUGCGACUCCAACAACUACCCCAAAAAAACGUACUACUGUCCCGCAUGCAUUGGCUUCAAGCUCUUGAAGUACAACUUGAACAAGAUCAAUUUGCAGAACGUGAACACACUUGCUGCCCACGACAUCAACUCCGUGCUCGAGGCCUGUUUCGGCGACAAUGCCACCCAGUUCUUGACCAAAUACACCGACGACUACGAUAAGGAAGAGAGAGAUAAGAAACUUGAUGGGACCAACGUCUCUGUGGGGUCUGUUGCGAGACUUGCGUUCAUGUUGAUGAAUGUGGACCUUUUAAAGAAACAGGAGCACAUUAAGAGCAUUGGACAGCUUGUGGAGGCUAAACGCCGACAGUCCGAGAACCUAGAGAGCCGAAUAAAGCUGCUACAGGAGAAGCGGAAGGGCAAGCAGCGUCUUAUCGCACUCCACAGAGAAAGGGUGGCGGCGGAAAUGACAGUCGAGCUACAGAACAUUGCCGAAAUUAAGCGUCUGUUGAACAUUGGCAUCGUCACACGACAGAAUGAGUACAUUGCACUGCAGCAGAGGAAGAGGACCUACGACUUGAUGAUUCUCUGGAACGUCCGCAUCCUCGACAAAACAAAGAUCUCCGUGCUGUUCUGCCCCAUCCUUCCCAUUACGCAGCUGGCAAGCCAUUCGAUGGACCUCGUGCUGAACUCGCUCAUGAAGUCGUGCGAGCUUGUGGAAGCCUUUGCACGCAUGCUGGACAUGGAGCUUCCCUUCCGGGUCGAAACGGGCUACAACGACUUCACCAUCGGCGACUUCUGCUACAGGCUGAAGGACAAGAGAAGUCUCUUCGAGCUGAAACAUGUGCAGAUGCUCAAGUUCAGCAUGGGCAUUGCCCGCGUGAUCUCGAACAUCGUGGUGCUCUUGCGCAGAGUCGACACAACGUACCAGUUCGAAAGCACAUCCCUUGCGGACUUGCUUUCCUACGACGCAAUGCUGGUCAGACUCGUCACGGUGCUGCUCGGGAGCGAGGGCGUCGCCGAGCUACAGCGCAGGAUGCAAGUUCUCGAACGCAGGGACUCCCACCUGCCGGCAAUCCCUUCUCGACCUGCUGCCAAAGGGAGGCAAUCUUCGCCCUGGUGCAUCUGGCUCCCUUCCCCCGCAGAAGAAACACAACCGUACGCUACAGACGUCUCGCUGCAGACAUCGGUGGCACGCUACGGCCUUGCUACCAUGAAGGAGUACAACAGUGUCCUCAGCAGCAGCACCGUCUCCGGAAGAAUCCCCGACGAAACGCCAGAAAGGUCGCUCGCAGGCACCGUCCGGCCAUCCAACCCAGCCAUUGAAGCCGCCGAGCUCGUCCACGACGAAAGAAGACUCGCUGAAGAGGUCUUCUGCUUCCUCGUUACCCAGAUGCAAGCUAUUCGCCACGAGAACAGUGCCAAAGACCCCCUGGCCCAAAAACACCUCCGAAAGCCUAAAGCCAUGAAACAUGAAAGCCAGAUGUGGGUGCUGACGUAAGCGGAGUUUUGCCUCUGCCGCCGUCCCCCUUGUCUGCCAUCGCGGCCCCUGUGUACGGAAACACCAGAGAGCGCAGUGGCUGCCUGCUGCAUCUGCCAGAGCCAAGAGAGGCUGCCUGAUAGCCAGAUAACAUGAAGGUAUGUCAGAGUAUUGAGGAUUUGGUUGUUGCUGAUUGCAGAAGCGGGGUUUGAGAGAGUACACGCCCAGACGACAAGCACAAUGUUAUCAGACAAGGAGCUAUGUACGUAUAAGCAUUAGAGAGGAGCCGGAACAAGCUGCAGAUGAGCUUGUCCGGUGUCCUCCGUCCGAACGGAUCCACCACCGCAAGGAAAAGACAACACUCGAGAGUCUGCCAGUGCUCAAUCGGCGGUCACUACCGG